ACCAGCAUCAGAUUUCUGUGUGGAUGUGUGUGAGUGAGUGAGGCACUCAUUUUGCAGAGAGAGAGAGAGAGAGAGAGAGAGAGAGAGAGAGAGAGAGAGAGAGAGAGAAGUUCAGAAAGCUUUGGGGCAUUGAAAGAAGAAAGAAGACUUGCUGCUGCCAGAUUUCCACACUCUGCAACCAAAAACAAAGUGAAUACUUUUCCUUGAAAAAGUUAGAAAAGCGACCAUGGACGGUAUAACAAUUGGACGCACGUCGCUCUUGUGCACCUUGCUGCUCUGGGCAUUUCAAGUAUGUAGUGGGGUUGUGACUGUGAAUGUGAAUCCUAAAGUGGAGGUGUUGAAAGGAGACACUGCCAAACUGCCCUGCACUUACAAAGUCUCACCAUCAUCAAGCAACACUGUUGUUGAAUGGUACAUUGAUGAGCAGGGAACCAGGAAGCGCGUGGCUUUCCGCUCCCAGGGUGGCGAGGGAAAAAGCGAUGAUGACAGCCCUGUGACUGGGCGGGUCACUAUCGGAGAGGACUUCACCUUGACCAUCACCUCGGUUGACCCCUCCGACGAGCUUGUCUUCUACUGCCAGGUCACAGCUGGCCCUGCUGGGGUUGGAGAUGCCGCCACCAAGCUUGAAGUCUUCUUUGCUCCCGAGAAGCCAGAACUCACAAGGCCGUCAAGUCAAGCCAUUUCUGCAGGAGAGACUACCAGCUCUGAGAUUGGUACCUGUGUGACGAUGAACGGACAUCCACAGCCAAGAAUUAUCUGGUUCAAAGAUGACCAGCCCCUACCUGAGGUCAAGGACAGGAAAGAGAAGACCUACAUGAUUCCCUCAGUGGUGAAGGAGGCCUCUGGUCUCUACACUAUCAAGAGCACCCUAUACAUGCAGCCCACCAAGGCAGACAAGGACUCUGUGUUCCAGUGCACCGUGGAGUACUAUAUGCCACGAGACCAGAUCAAACAGAAGAAGUCUGACACCAUCACCAUCAACCUCAACUAUCCCUCUGAGAAAGCGACCUUUUCCCUACUCAACACUGAUCCAGUCAAAGAGGGCGAUGAUGUUACCAUGAAGUGUGAGACUGAUGGAAACCCUCAGCCUGAGAUUGACUUCACUAAAGAUGGAGACGCCAUCACUGGUCAGGGUGGUCUCCUGAUGCUGAAAUCUGUCAAGCGCACAGACAGUGGUUUGUACAAGUGCACAGCCACAGAUUUCGAUAACCUGGACGCGGACCUGAGUGGAAUGAUCUCCCUCACUGUCCACUACAUUGACCCAGUGAGCGUGAUUCCUGUCCAACCUCAAGUCGUCAUGCUAGGAGACAAGGUGGAGUGGCAGUGUAAGACCAAGGCUUCUACUGCGCAUACUGUUCACUGGAAAAAGGGCUCUGAGGUGCUCUCUCAGGAUGGCACGCUGUCAUUACAAGACAUUUCCUAUGAUAAAGCUGGAGAGUACAUGUGUGUUGGAGCUGUGCCAUCUGUGCCAGGACUGACUGCCCAGGCUACUGUCAACCUCACUGUCAAAGGAAAGCCGAUGAUCGAGACUCCUGCUGCUGGAGUGGUGGGGAAGGAAGGCGACAUGGUGACUCUAAAGUGCUCGGCCUACGGCUUUCCUGCCCCUCAGUUCACCUGGAAACCCUCAGGAAAAGAGUCAGUAUCAGUGGAAGGUAACAAGGUGGUGAGCACCGUUACCCUGCAAGCCACGGCCGAGGUCAUGAAGGACGGGGUGACCUGCAAGGUCUCCAAUGAGCACGGAACAGAUAGCAAGACCUUCCAGAUAUCUUUCAAAAGAGCAAUUGACAACUCGGCCAACAGAGUGCUGCUCUCUGGAAACCCUGUGCUUAAGUCAGCUGACAAGCAGCAGGGAGGCUCCAGCGGGGUGGUGAUAGCCGUGGUGGUGUGUGUUCUGCUGCUCCUGCUGAUGGUGGCCCUCAUCUACUUCCUGAAUAAGAAGAGCAAGCUGCCCUGCAGCAAGAAGGACAAGAAGGAAGUGGCCGGCGGAGAGGUGAACAACGACAUUGUGGUGGAGAUGAAGACAGACAAGGCCAACGAAGAGGCCGGUCUCCUCACCAAGAGACCGUCCACAGAACAGUGAUGAAACAAGACAAUGAAAGUAAUCGACAGAGGGAUGAAAGGAAGGAGGAACAGUUAGAAGACAACAGGGCUAAUUUUUGUUCACUAAUCUAGACUGAGGGGGACAACAAGAGGUGGCACAUGGUAAUUGUUUUGUUUUGGGGACCUCAGGAGGCUUACCAUGUUCGAUAUAGGUUAUGCUUGUUUUAUAACCUGAAGUAGACCUUUUGGAUGGAGUUUCUCCUUUUUUUUUAAGACAGAGUUGCCCUUAAAGAUUAAACUCCAUCCAUCAAUGCUACCACAGGUUUAAAACCACACAUGCAAAAUCAUAAUGUGACAUCACUGGAUGACAUUAUUAUCACAGCUUUUUUUUUUAUCCUAACUCCUUUUUCACCAAUCAUGUCUUUGGUUGACUCCUCUGCAGAAUAGAGCUGUACAGUGAGGCGUGGCUGACACAAUCCAAACACAGUGGCAGAAUCUUUCUUAUCUACCCCAAAUGAAACACAACAUACCAUUAAGCCGCUGUGUUUUUCUGGAGUAUUUGUCUGCAUGCAAGUGUAACACUGAACGUCUGUUCUGCCUUGGAAUCUGCACUUAAAUUCUGUGCUCUCUGCUGGGUAAACUGGGAAAAAUAAUCACAAGCUGCCAUUCUGUUUUAUUCACCUCAAUAACGAGUGAUGAUUUACGCUCACAACAUUUAAUCCCUACGCACACUAUUUGGCACACAUUGCUGUAACAUUUCUGCUCGAAAAAGCUCUGUGUUUGCUUUAGUGCUGUUUGUUUAAUUGCAUUUUUGCCACCUGUGAAUGUGUUUUUUUCAAUAUCCCUAAUUAGCUUUCCGUAGAAACAGCCCAGGCAUUUAAUAACACCAAUCCUUUCUCUAAAAUUGCUUGCCUUUUUAAAUCCUGCUAAAAAGCCACCAAACAAGCAAGCUAUUAGGUUGUACAAAUUUGUUCUUGCCAGCAUACUUUGUAUAUUAUGUUAGUACAUCAAUGGUCAACAAUCUUAAACUGUGGCCUGCUGUGUUGUCGUUUUUCUAUGACAACAAAAUGGGAGUUUCAGGGGCUGCGGCACAGUAGUCACAGAUUCACCUGUUAAGAGAAAUCACUGGCACAGGUUCACUCUAGUUUGAUACAAGCAGGGAAGGGAAGGUGUGGGAGGGAUCGGGGAUGUUGCUAGAUGUACUUUUUGUUUUUACCAAAUGAAAGCGUUUUAAGCAGCAGUAAUGUUUCUGUAUUUAGGUACACAAUACUUGCAUUUCUGUUUCUCCCCUACACUGUCGGCAGGCCAGAGAGGUUUGAUAGCGGGUUGACGUGCCCUUUUACUUUGUUGUACACUGGAACCAAUGGCCUUGAUUUUUUUUUUUUUUUAAAUAGGUCACCUCAAACCACUAUCUUCGCCCACAAGGCUCAUUUUAUUUUUUAAUGUCUGUCUACUGAUCUUGCCAUAUUGACUGUUAGCAAACCUGUGAUGGCAGGUAAAGAUAGAUAAAUUAACUAUGAGCAUUGUUUGUUGAUUUUUAUGUUUUAUAUAAAAUAUUGUGGUAUAAAAGUCGUUUUCUAGAGAGGGGAUUCUUAAAUUUGGAACUACUGAGUUUUCAUUUUCCCUUGCUUUUCCACUUGCUCUGAGAUAAGAGAGAAAUGUUUUUUUUUAUUUGGGAUUCUUUUUUAUGAGAUAUUAUCAGUGCUUUACUUCUCUCUCUCUGUACUGUAUACUGUAUAUUUUGUGGUACACUGUUGUGACCUCUGUGGUGUGUUGAUGUAUCUUUUUAUUUUGUUCCAGCUGUGUAGAAUUUAUAAUGAAAAAAAAACUCAAGAAAAACAAUCACAA